AUGACCGCAAGGAGUGACAGCGGAAACAAGGAUGCUGGCGGUUCAGAAAAGACCGAAGAAACUUGUUCUGUACACACUAGUUUUGAAAAGAAUGAUGUGGGUAACAACCAAGCUGUUGUAGAAUCGCGUCCUAAUGGGAACGAAAAUCUUCCUGAAGGUACAAGUUUGGAAGUUGAAGAAGACCAGGUAAUUGUGUGAGCACUUUGGUUUAUUUCAGUAAAGCUAUAGGAUUUGAAAUUUGUUUUAAUAUCCUAUGUAAGAGCACUGAGGACAAUUUGAGGCAAUUUACCACCAUACAUGUAGUUGUUUACAACUAGAAAUACGUGAAUCGCAGGACCUCGCGUAGCAAGCAAGCAGUAGGAACAAAGAAAAAUUCUAAAGGCAAUAGGGAAGAAAAUUUAUGAAUUUAAAAAAACUUACGCUAUUAUAACAAAACAAAACUACAAUAACUUAAAAAAAACUAAACAAAAAGGAAAAAAAGAAAAGAAGAGAAAAGGAGAAACAGCUUCCCUUCGAAAACGAACGCGGGACCUUCUACGUGCCAGGCCAUUUCAUUACCACUACACCACAUGCUUCGUGAUGUCACUCAUUAGAUGACGUCAGGGCAGACACCAGGCGAUAUAUAGAUUCAUAAAUAAAUAGAAAUAUGGGGCGUCCAAGUUUGCAGCUGCAAACGCUGCAUGCGCUACAACUCUCUUCGCGAGGAAUAAAUUUAAGCUCAAAUCAAAUUAUUUCAGAUCAGUUUUUAGUUUAGUUUUACCAGCUUUUCUCGACACAGGUCCUGCCCAGAGGGAAUGGCCACGAACGGGACUCAUAGGUCCCAUGCAAGGUGCCAUCCCUACCCAAUACCACAACCCGUAGAGGUUGGUCACACCACUUUUAGGUCCCACACGAACAGAUCAGUGAAAGUGCUGUGAGACAGGACCUACUGUUUUUCGUCCUUAUCCAAGAAGACUAGAAAGUCUGACCAUUUUCAGAUGUCAUUAUAAAGGCAGCACUUUCUUCUCAGUUAUUUACACACCCUGAGUGUUGGUUUGGCCGGGGUUUGAACUUGCAACCUCCCGCUCGGCAGACCGGCACUCUCCCAACCGAGCUAACCAGGGGGCCGUUUUAGUAUUUUAGUUUUUGCUGUGUUUCUUUAAUAAUUUACAUGCACUUUGCUAAGGAACCCGAAGAGGAUGAGUUUGAAGAGAUGAUAGCUGAAGGACUGUCCCAGUUGGGAAGAUCGGCUGAUGGAACUCUUCAAGUUUAUCUUAAUCUCUUCCUUCCUGUAAGUACAAUUUUUGCUAUCAUUCAUCACAUUUUUUCCUUUAAAUAUUCAGUCACUGCUGAUUUUAUUCUUUUUGUUCUUUUUGAUUGUAUUCUUUUUGACCGAUGACUUUUUAGGGAUGUGGACUGACAGAUAUUACGUGCCUACAAGAAUAUGUUCACUUACAAACUGUAGUUCUUUCACACAAUUCUCUUACAGGUACCUAUAAGAAUAGACAUAUCUAAAAUUUUGCAUUUUCUUUUUGUGAACUUUGCAUGUUGUUACUCAACAGAUUGUUAAGGAACUUUUUUGCUGCUGCACAUACAUGCAUUAUUUUUAUGUGCAUCAUGGGAAAGUCCAAUUUGUUCUUUCCUUUAACUCCCGCAAAAGUAUUUUUGUGGUGGAAAUGUUUUUAUCAUGAUCAUAUUUUAUCUUGGCAAAAGCUAAUAAGUCCAAAACUAUGAUUGUACAUAGUUGGGCGAGAUUCCCUAUAGUAACUGUGGUUUGUAUCAGGAGAUACUUUUGUUUGAUGUGUGAAAAAUAUUUUCUUUGCAUUUGAUACUGUUGUGCAACAAACUUCAACAAUAAUUAUAACAAUCUUUUUACUUGAGAAGGGGACUGUUACCUACCACUUGUCGGGAAAUGAACCUAAAAUCCUGUCCUUUAAAAUAUUGAAAAUGAGCGUGAGGCUUGUAUACUUGAGACUUAUCAUAGGCAUUUCCUAACUGAUACUAAUUACUUAAAAAAAUCUGCUGUGCUUCAGGAGCCAGUAACAUAAACCGUCAAGUUGAACAUAAGAGCUAAUGUCGGACAUUCAGCCCACCAACCGCUUAACUUUAACACCAGGCAUUGGGAGUUACGUCUGACAUUAGUUUCUAUGUAACUGACCCCAGGGUAAUUUCCUUUUACUGCAUACUUAUAUUCUCUGUUUAUCCAAUUAUUAGAUUUAAAUCCAUUAGGCAGCAUGCCAUAUUUGGUAUCACUUGAUGUAUCACACAAUCAACUCAGCUCUGUUUUAGAUUUCUCUCCUCCACUUGGUCUGAGGGUAAGUGAACUUAAACAGAUGACUUUGAACUUGGAUGCUGCCACUGAAUUGAGAACAUUAUUAGGCAGCAUUCAUUACUGCAGAGGAAUUAGGAGAUAUAUAUUUUAUUAAAUGAGCAAUAUCUUUUAGAUCUCCCACAUCGUCAAAAAUUGAUGUCUCUCAUCUUGACCAAAAGAAAAAAAUUACAUCACUCUUCCCCAACCCUCUUGAGUAGGAAAGUAAAUAACUGACAGUUUUCACCUGAAAAUCCUCUUCCACCCCCACCCCUCUCCUGUGGUAUAUAUAAUGACUACAGCUUGAUUAUAUAUUUUUUUAAUUUUUGUUUUGUUUUUUAUUGACACAGGAGGUGAACCUGUCUCACAACUGUAUAGAAACACUUCCUGAUCUUUCAGCUCAUCAUUGCUUGACAACUCUAAUACUGGACUGUAUCCUCAUAAACUUGCAUUUUAAUUUAAUUAAUGUAAUAUAUUUGUAACAUUAUCUUUGUAGAAAAAAAUCAUUCCAAGGCUAAUAGAAAGGCUCUUCUUUACCUGUACUGAUUAACAGGUGUGUAGUGUUUUGAAUUUUUUGGUCUCUAUUUCAUCCAAUGGCAUACGACAUGCUGUUUUAUGGCCUUAACAUUUGGAUUUACAGCCAAUUACAUAUCAGAGAUGCAGGGUUUGUCUAAUUGUUAUCGUCUGUCACAUCUGAGCCUAAUGAAUAACAAGAUCACUCGAAUUGCCAACCUUGACCAUCUACCUCUGAAAUUCUUGAAUCUGGUGAGUAAAUAUCAACAUUUGUAGAUUAAUCAAUCGCAUUGCAACAAACUGAACCUCCAAGUUCAACCACUUCAUUUUCAAAACUCAAUUUUUUCCAGUCAAAGCACUAUCUAAUGGUAAAAAAUUGACAAUUUUCUUAAAAGAUUUUCACUGUGCUUAUGAAAUAAUCUCCUAACUACUGCAGUUAACUGACUCAAGUGUUAUUUUAUGUUUUUAGAGUAACAAUAAUAUCAAGAAAAUUGAAAAUUUAGAAACCUUAAAAUACCUAGAGGUGAGUGUCAGAGUUUCCCCUGUUAAUUUGUGCUUAUUUUUUCAGUGUAAACAUUGGGAAUCACUACAAGGUAGCGCCUAUUUAUCCCUAUUGUAUCUUUACCUCUUUUGUCAGGUUAUUAAUUUGUCAAGGAACAGUAUUAGAAGCAUGAAAGGUCUUCAGAACCAUAAAUUACUACAAGAGAUUGACCUGGAGGAAAACCAGGUUUGUGAGUUAAUACAUCACACUGAUAUGAACUAUUAUUCUGUCAGCGCUGUUAGAAGUAAGAACUGGAAUGUCCAGGAUUUAUUGCAAUCACUUUAUUGGCAUUUUUUAGAUGAACUACUUUAUGAAGCAAUGAAAGCAAAUGGCGCAUUAUAAUCUUAUUGUUUUUGGUAGAUAAUUGACAUAGCUGAAGUAAGGUACAUCAGAGAACUGAGUUUGCUGCGGAACCUGAAUUUCCUUGAUAACCCAAUACAGGUAUAAAAUGUGACAUUCCUAUCCCCUCCCACUCCCCCACAGGUAAUUACAUUGUAGAAAAUUGUAUUAUUAUUUUUUUCAUUUUAUUUGCCACACAAUAAUAGAAAUUACAAAUAAUAUAGGAAAAGUGAGGAAAAUAAUUUGCAAGGAGACUUAACAGAAACUAUAGGAGCUUAUGAGAAGUUAGGCGUCCUCUAACUGCAGGCUAGAGCUGUUUACAUCAAUUGAAGAAAAGAUGGCGAAAGUCGGAGAUGUAAAGAUGUAUGAUCGGUUUUCAUAUUUGCUUAGUAAUGAAAUCUUCAGUAUUUUCUUAAAGGAGGAAAGGGAUUAAAGGCUGAUGACCUCGUUGUCAAGUGAAUUAAAAAACUUAGGUCCUUGAAUAAAAGCUUUUCACUAUAAAAGCAACUUCUCAAAGGCCUGAGAAGAUUGUCAUUGUAAGUCCUGAUAUAGUUUACUGUCUGUACACAGGGUAUGCCAGACUACAGACUUUCCUUGUUAUUUAGAAUACAAAGUCUGACGGAGUUGGAUCGCUCCAAAGUCUCAGUCGAAGAAAAGGUACAAUAAUGAAUUUACUGUAAUAUCAUCUGUCAUUACGCUCAGCUCAUUAAUUAAGUAAGUUCUAUUUUUUGCUGAAGUAUAUGUCCCAGAUAACGCACUCUUCACUCUGUUUACGUGUCUAUUAUCUUGGUGAAUGUCCCACAUUUAUUUAUCUUACCCAUUUGAAGGAACUUAGGUAACAGAUAAAGUAAAUUGGUACAAAGCGAUGGAAAAUUGUCAUUCGUAAUUUGCUACAGUUACAUCAAGUUGGUUAAAAAUGUUUGAUUAUUAGCUGGUGACAUUUUUGUUUAUGGUGUAUUUUCCUCUUUUGACUACUUUUCAUUUACUUCUUAGGUUGCUGCUGUCAACAUGUUUAAUCCUCCCCCAGAGGUUGUAGCAGCACGUGAUCAUAUGUUUCACGUGACCAAGUCUCUUAUCCAGGCCACAAGAAUUCAUGACAGGUCAGUUGAGUAAUGCACGUCCGUUCAUUCAUUUAAACGUCCUUCAAAUGUAAUACACUGGUCAACUUUAAACCAAGAAAAGUUCUUAGUCUGAUUUUGGAACUAGAUUACGGUUACGACCGAAAAAAUAUGAACAAAGUUAAGAAAAAGUACGGAUUUUACAAAUUCAUUACCUUUCAAAGGUGGAAAGCUAAACUAUACUUCCUGUGCGAGUUUUGUGAACUUUUUAAUUGCAGAGUGUAUCAUUUUGUGACUUUUCAAAGUAUGCAAAUGGUGUAAUAAUUGAACUUAAAAGGGGACUGUUUAAGUCACCGAUUGUUCCUCUGUAUAAUUUUGUUUCCAAUGAAAGUAGCCAGGGUACAUGCUCAUGGAAGCCGGGGGAAAUCCCUUGUCCCCGGCCUCCGACCCUUAGUAAAAGCCCUAAGCGCUGCUAAGUUAUAGUCAAUAUACCCAGUUCUUAUUUAUGAUCUCUCUCUCUUUCAGUACCCUCCCGAGUGUGGAUACUCCAUAUCCUAUGUUAAUCUUGUGCGGUCCCCCCGGGUCUGGCAAACGAUAUCUGGCUAGAAGACUUUGUCAAGAGUUUCCAGACUUCUUCGGCUUUGGGUGAGAAAGAAAUUUCGAUUAAGCUUUUGUUUUAAGUUGUUGAGAGGCUAGUUGCAAGAAAGGUGUUGUGCAAGAAAGUCUUCAGACUGAUUUACUGACAUUGCAAAGUUGCUGACAUGAAUCAAAUUUCGCAAAUCUAUCGAAAAUCACGAAGUGGUGAAUAGGAAUCCAUCCUGUGCCACGUUAAUUAAGGGCCACUUACAUGUACGUAAAAAGGUACCCUCAAACGAAGCUUUUACUUGCAACACAGAGUCUGCUUGCAACGUUAAGAUUUAUGUAACGUAACUUGUCUGUUCCCAUGUAUUAAGCCGUUAUUAGGGGUGGGAAUAGUCUGAAAUGUCAUCCGUCUCUUCGCCACACCCUUCCCCUCCAUCCCCCCUCCCCUCCCCCUCCCCCCUCCCCCCUCCCCUACUUACGGGCGGCAAGGCGAGAGAGACUGAUUCUGAAUUCCCAGCGUUAUAAUGCCGCCCCGUCUCUCUCGCCUCGCCGCCCGUUGGGGGGUGGGGUGAAGAGACGGGUGAGUUUUCAGACUAGGGUGGGAAGGGAUACGAAAACGUUUUUGAGUCUUUGAGAAAAAAACUUUAUUAUCAACCAAAUUUUUCCACACUUGUGGAUACACUGGUUAAUGUUCAAACGUCAUUUCCUUCGUAGCAUCUGUCACACAACAAGAUCGCCUCGUACCAAGGAAGAAAAUCUUGAAGAUUAUUUUUUCGUAACGCAAGAAGAAUUUGAACAAGGGGUAGUGAUGGUGAGAUUCCACUCUGCCCUUGAUUAUCUUCCGCUUUUCAUCUUUCCUUUAAUGUGUUAGUUACUCGAUUUCCCUUCCUUUUUUGACCUUUUCUUUUUUUCUCUACUAUCCUAUUCCAUUUUCAUUUCAUUUUGUUUUUUUCAUUUUAUUGUCAUUCAUUUGCAGGGCAAGUUCCUUCAGACUUGCCAGCUAGCGGGAAACUGGUACGGAGUCACGAGAGAGGCCGUGGAAAAUGUGGCCCGCGAGGGACUUGCUGCAGUGUUUCAUCUUCCUCGCUCCCAAAAUGUGGGUUUAUUUCAAAGAUGUUUUGGGCCCAGUAAC